AUGAAGUUCUCUCUUCUCGCGAUCCCAGCGCUGAUUGCCUGCGCAACAGCUUACAAUCUGACUGUCUAUACCGACGAUAGCUGCUCAGAGGGAGCCGCAGAUUUCAGCGGGCCUGACUUCCAAGGCGACCAAGGCACAGUAGGCCAUUGCGUCCAAAUCGGGUUCCAAGCGAAGAGCAUAUGGUUCGUAUCAGAUACCGACACAGAGCAACAAUUCAGUGCUUGGAACACUCCUGAGGAGCCCUGUGUCGCAAGCGAAAAGGGGCAAAACGAAGCCGAUGUUACCCUGUAUACGGGCCAGCCAUCUGGUUCGGAGUGUCAAUCUACCGUGGAUGGAGCGUAUAGCACCCCGGAUGGCGUUGCACAGUUUCUUGUUGGUGUUGUUGGUUGA